GGUCUUUUUCAAGAUGAGGGGAGUAGUAGCUUUGAUGAGCACAAUAUGCUUUGCUACCUACACAUUCGGAUAUUCCCUUCGGAGGUCUUCAUUUGAUCCAAAUGCAUUAUUUCAACAACAAGCUCAGAUUGCAGCUUCGUCCAUUAAAGGAACAGGAAAUGUUGGGUCCCCUAGCGGUGGAUCUUCAGGCUCUCAAUCUGGGGCUUCGUCAGGUGCUUCAUCAUCAUUUGAUCCAAACUCUCUGAAUAAUCAAAUGAUGCAGAGUGCCAAUAAUGGUCCGCCGAAUACUGGCAGUUCUUCUGGAGCCACUUCGUCGUUUGAUCCAAAUUCACUCAAUAAUCAGAUGAUGCAAAGUGGUGGUUCAUCAUCUGGGGGAUUCGAUCCAAAUGCUUUAAAUAACCAAAUGAUGCAGCAAAAUUCUCAAAGCAGCACUGGAGGUAGCGGUGGAACAUCAUCAUUUAAUCCCAGUGCCGUUAAUAAACCAAUAUCACAAUCUCAAAGUGCCGGUAGUUCAAGUGGUGGAUCCAGUAGUUCUAGUCAAAUGAGUGGAGGUUCGUCUGGGUCUUCAUCGUUCAAUCCAAACACACUGAAUCAACAAAUGUCUCAGUCACAAAGUGGUGGAGGUUCAAGUAACUCGCCUCAAGCAAGUGGGGGCUCUGGUGGUUCCUCCGCUGGUACUUCCUCAUUUAACCCUAACGCAAUGAAUCAACAGAUGUCACAAUCCCAAAGCGCAGGGAGUUCAAGUGGAGGAUCCAGUCAAAUGGGUGGCGGAUCUAGUCAAAUGAGUGGAGGAUCAUCUAGCAUGUCAGGUGGUUUUGAUCCUACUUCCAUGAACAAUCAGAUGCUGCAGAACAAUAUAAAACAGAUGGCUUCUGGCCAACAGGUAAACGCCAACAUGAUGAACAGUGGUUCCUCGGGAGGAAGUGGGGGCAGUUCAAGCAUGUCCAGUAUGGGUGGUAGUGGUGGAUCUAGUGGCAGUGGAAGUGGAAGUUUCGACCCAAAUUCCCUAAAUAAACCAGAAAAUAAUAAAAUCGACCCAAGCAUGUUUAUGUCCAAUAUGGGCGGAUCAGCUGGUAGUAGCUCAGGCGGUAGCUCAAGCAGUGGAUCCAGCCAAAUGAUGAGUGGUGGAAGCUCUAGCGGAGGUGCAAGUGGUGGAUCCAGCCAAAUGAUGUCACCAUCAAACAUGAUGGGUGGUGGAAGUUCAAGCGGCGGAAGUUCAAGCGGAGGAUCAAGUCAAAUGAUGUCACCAUCAAACAUGAUGGGUGGUGGUAGUUCAAGCAGCGGAAGUUCAAGUGGAGGAUCAAGUCAAAUGAUGUCACCACCCAACAUGAUGGGUGGUGGAGGUUCAAGUGGCGGAAGUUCAAGCGGAGGAUCAAGUCAAAUGAUGUCACCAUCCAACAUGAUGGGUGGUGGAAGUUCCGGUAGCAGUUCUAGUGGUGGGUCAAGUUCCAGUAGUGGAGGAAGCAUGCCUAACUUUAACCCGAAUCAGCUGAUACAGAAUAUGAUGGGUGGAAUGAAUCUCAUGAAUCCCAGUCAGUUUAUUGGCAGGAAAAGAUUUGUCCAUUAGAUAUACAGUUCAAUAAUAAAAAGGAAA